AUGCAGCACUCGGUGUUACAGCUGACGGAUUGUCCAGACGUGGCGAUGCAGCAGGAUCAACAGAGGUUCCCACAGGAAUUGUGCGAACAAAUCAUGGAUUAUCUGCAAGACGACCAAGACGCUCUUCUUGCUUGUGCACUGGUCAGCCGCCCGUGGGUUCCACGAGCUCGUUCGUAUGCCUUUCGCACCGUUACGCUGAGAAACGUUAAGCGAUUCAAAGCCUUUCAGAGGCUCCUUCGGCAGGACUCGACAAUCGCGCCCCAUGUCCGCUGUCUGUCAGUUUGCAGAUUUCAGCCAGAAGAUCAUUCAACACGCCUUGAACGGGAAUGGCCCACUCUCCUGAUGACGCUGAACAGAGUUGAAGAAGUGACGGUCGGAAUGUGGAGCGUAGAAGAUCUCCCAGAGCAGGUCGCUCAAAAUCUACACCUGUAUCUCGGUGCAAUCAAAUCGAUUCGCUUUUUUCUCCCAGGAUGUUCGUUACAAGCAAGUGAUUUCCUAUGCUUAGUUGGUGCUUGCCCGAGGCUUUCUGUGUUGCAUUUGCAUGCUGUGCAGUUAGUGAUUCCCAAAACCACCGGCCUCUCCAGUGAUGCGGCUACUAGCGGGUUCAUGCUACCUCCCGGACUGUCGGGAAUCAUACCCGCGAAUGCGAACAGCUUGGAGGCCGUGCACGCGCGGUGGUGUGACGAAGACACUGUUCAGCUGCUGCUGAGUACUCCACUGGGUCGCAAUCUGAGGAGACUCGAGAUACCGUUCACGGGACUCAGCGACAUGUCACGUCGACUCGUACAUUCUGCAGACAGAUCGCUCGAGGAUCUAUGCCUUGUGAUAUCAUCCAAACUAAACUUCUUUAUGCCCGUUCUUGGAUCUCUCGAAAGUCAUGACUUUCCUCAACUUCCAAACCUCGAUUAUCUCCACCUCAGAUCAGAUCUGACAAGCGACCUCCUGAGUGACCUGGAUGACAUAGCAUCCGCUCUACUCGUCACCAGCCACGCUGUUAAGCCAAUGAAGCGGAUCGCGAUCAGCCUGCAGGAGUUCUCUGGCAGGCCGCUCACGGCCUUAUGGACCGAGGAACAAUUACCCAGAUUUUGGAAGGACAUUGUGGAAGCAUUGGAGCGUUUCAUAGACGCGAGUCAGGUCAUCACAAUUCAAUUCAAUAUUCUGUUCCUCGAUACCCAAGGAGCGCAUGCGAGAGACACGACCGAUCAGAUCGUGCGUUUUUUGGAACGCUUGCGGAAGAAACAUUAUCGACUUGGGGUGGUAUAUGGCAACAAAUGGGUCGACAGUUACGGAAGUCCUGUCGAUUUUGGCGGAGGACUGUCCAUCGAACGGCAGGAAUUUUGGUUUGAUUAUCCGGACUAG